UACAACCUCUGCAUAUCACGCGCCAUUGUCUUAAAAAUUGCUCGACAAUCACUUGCUAACUGUAAUAAUAAUUUACUCUUUUCUAACUUCAACUUCACACUUCUAUCUCUAACAUUCUUGCUCCCGUUCAAGAUCUGAUUGCUCCUGCCAAAAACCUCCACAGUGCCACUAAACAAAACCCCAUUUCAGGUUUGCCUUUUUUAUUUUACUUUAGUAUAGAUUUAUAGAUACACAUGUUUCUUGUUAUAUAUUUGAGCUUGAAUCUGAAUCUUGUGCAUUAAAGUUCGUUUCUUUAUGACUAUUUGUCAUGGUUUUAUAGUGAAGUUUAGUGAUUUUUAAUUCUUGAUUUUGGGUGAUUAAAGAUUAAAAAUUUGAUUUUUUUGUGUUGAGAUCAUUUGGGUGUUCAAGAUUUAUGUUUUUGUUAGUGGGUAUUUGAGGGUUUUGAAAGAUAGUGAUUGGUUUUGGAUUUGUAUGUGUAUGAGGAUGAGGGAUCAUGGGUGGAAUGUAUUUGGGGGGUUGUUUAUGUGCAUUGCAUUUGCAAGUGCUUACUAUGCAGAAGGGGGUUUUGAGACUAAAAGUGGUGUUACUAUGACCUAUGAUUAUGAUCGAAUCGAUGAGGUGAAGAAAGCAUGUGGUUUUGUAUUGAAUGAUGCUUCUGAGUUGAAACCGGAUGAUAAUAGGAUAUAUAGCAUUAAGCAAGAACUUUCUUUUUUGAAUGGGGAUUGGUGGCAAGAAUCGAAUGGGGCUCCGUUGAUGCCGUUUGAUAGUAGAGAUCAGCCGGAGGUCUCGUUGGAUGAACAAUCUCCUUUGCAUUUGACUUCAUUUUGGGUAACUGAUGUUGACCGUGCUCACAAGUCCAAAAAGUCUGUUAGCGUUAAUGGGUUUCUGCAGAUGGGCAUAACCCUAGAGAACUUAUUUAUGGAUAAACCGGAUGAGAGAAAUCCUCAUUUUGACAUAUGGCCUGGUCAUUCUCAGCUUUUGGUUUCUUUUCAAGGGAUUUACACAGAAUCAAAAGAAAACGAUGGGGAAAGAGUUAUGUGUUUGUUGGGGGAGACUAUGCUGCCUGCUCGGCACCUUGACCCGUCAGAUCCAUGGGAGUGGGUAAGGGUUUCUGGAUAUACAAAUCAGCCACCUCUUUUGCAAGAUGAUCAAGUUUUACUUGUUCUUCGCUAUCCAAAGAAAAUAAGUUUGACUAAUAGGGCUGUCCGUGGUAGCAUGAAAAGUCAACAUCUGAAAUCGAAUCCCAAGUUUUUUGAUGAAGUUCAUAUUUCUUCGUGGCUGGGUAUGUCAGCAGAGUAUGAGUUUGGCUCCGAAAAAUUAGUCUCUAAAGCUUGCAGUCCCUAUCCAUAUAAAGACAAUGCUGUAAACAGUGGUAUUGAUAUAUAUAAAGGAGUUAACUUCUGUUCAAUUCUAGAUAGAUUUACUCGUGGAGAAAGUUUUACCAUAGUUCCAAACUGGAGAUGCAAUGGGACAGAUGCUUUCUGUACCAAGUUAGGUCCAUUUAUGUCUAGUAAAGAGAUUAAAGACACUGAUGGGAGCUUUAAAAAUGUAAGGCUCGCUCUUCAGGAUCUUCGAUGCGAGAAAGAAACUUUGCUGGGAAAUGUUAACUCCAACAGAGUCUCUGCAGUGUUUCGAGCUAUUCCUCCAUUAGAGAAUAAAUUCACUGCAACACAGAGGACUGGGCUUGAUAACUUGACUCUUUCUGCUGAAGGAAUUUGGAAAUCUUCUAGUGGCCAACUUUGCAUGGUUGGUUGCCUUGGAUUUGUAGAUACAGAAGGCCGCAGUUGUGAUUCUCGGAUCUGUUUAUAUGUUCCUCUCUCAUUUUCUAUAAAGCAAAGAAGCAUUAUUGUUGGGACUAUUUCAAGCAUCAAGGCAAACAACGGAUCCUAUUUCCCCUUGUCGUUUGAAAAGCUGAUUCGACCUGCGGAACUGUGGAAUCAAUAUGCCGCAUCUCAUCCAUCAUAUAGUUACUCCAAAAUUGAUUCCGCAGGGAUAUUGCUGGAGAAAAAUGAGCCUUUUAGCUUUGGGACUAGAAUCAAGAAAUCACUACUGAAAUUCCCAAAAUUGGAAGGCACAGAGUCGCGCCUCGAAAGUCUUUCUCUUCUUUCAGAAGAUCUAACUCUCCAAGUUUCUGCUUUUCCAGAUCCAGUCCCGCGUUCUCUUCCACAAAAGACUAACAUCCAAUUGGAUAUUCUUUCCCUUGGUUCUUUAUUUGGGCGCUACUGGUCUUCAAGGAAUAAUACCAGAGCAGAGGACGAGGCUCCCUACCAUGCCAAGGCUGAAUACACUGAAAAACAGCUGCUCCUGAAUGUAUCAGCUCAACUGGGUAUUGAUGGGAAGUCCUACCACAAUUUUUCAAUGAUUUUUCUUGAAGGCCUUUACAAUCCUCUUGUUGGAAAGAUGUAUCUUAUCGGUUGUAGGGAUGUUCGAGCCACAUGGAAGAUUCUUUUUGAUAGCAUGGACCUUGAGGCUGGUUUAGAUUGUUUAGUUGAAGUAGUUGUGUCAUAUCCUCCUACAACAGCCCGAUGGCUGGUCAAUCCAACAGCUAAGAUUUCUAUAUCCAGCCAACGGAAUGAGGAUGAUCCACUGUAUUUUAGUCCAGUCAAGCUACAAACAACACCUAUAAUGUACAGAAGGCAAAGAGAAGACAUCUUCUCUCGCCAAGGAGUGGAAGGAAUCCUCCGCGUUCUUACACUUUCAGUGGCAAUUGCUUGUGUUUUAAGCCAGCUUUUCUACAUCAAUGAUAAUGUCGAAUCUGUUCCUUACAUAUCUCUGGUCAUGUUAGGCAUCCAAGCUAUUGGGUACAGUCUUCCAUUGGUCACUGGUGUGGAAGCUCUCUUCCAGAAGAAGGCUUCUGAAUCUUAUGAAAGCACAUCUUAUGACUUCGAAACUAGUCAAUGGGUCCGUGCAAUUGAUUAUACUGUAAAGAUUCUUGUUCUGGUUGCUUUUUCCCUCACUCUUAGACUCUGUCAGAAGGUGUAUAGAUCUCGAGUCAGACUUCUUUCAAGAAGUCCUGAUGAACCUCAUCGUGUCCCAAGUGACAAUCGUGUAAUUAUCGGCACCCUUAUUGUUCAUAUAUUUGGGUAUGUAAGUGUUCUUAUAAUCCAUUUUGUAAACAAGAAUCAGAAGCCCAUACAAAACACACAGUAUACGGAUUCCACACGGAAUCAUAUACUAUCAGCUUGGGAAACUGAACUUGAGGAGUACGCGGGGCUUGUCCAAGAUCUAUUUUUGUUUCCACAGGUACUUGCUAACAUAAUGUGGCAGAUUAAUUGUAGACCACUUAGGAAAUUUUAUUUUAUCGGGAUGACAGUUGUGAGACUCCUGCCUCAUAUCUAUGAUUCCUUGAGGUCUCCUGAACCAAAUCCUUACUUCCCUGAAGAGUACGAAUUUGUGAACCCAAAUCUUGACUUUUACUCUAAAGUUGGCGACAUAGCAAUACCCUUUUUAGCAGUUCUUCUAGCGUUUGCAGUCUACGUUCAGCAGCGAUGGAAUUAUGAGAAGCUCAGCCAGGCCCUUACUUUUGGCCAGUUUAAGCUUCUACCAUCAAGAUCGCAAGUGUAUGAAAGGUUGCCUUCCAUAUCAUACGAGUCCGAACUUGUUUCCACUGCCACCCGAGAUCCUGUACAGAAAAAAGACCACGAAGAUGAAUGAGUAAGAUCCCUUUCAUUUAUAUAUACAGGACUUACCAAAAAAGAUUUUCUUUCAUUCAUUUGUGAACAAUUCUGGAAUUGUAAUGCAGAUAAGAUUAUUUUUUUA